AUGAGGCACCUCGUCGAGCUUAACGUAAGCUCGUUCCACUUCGGCCCUGACUUCGACUUGACGGAAUUGCUCCAAGAAGGGACGCUGAAGUUCCUGGAGGCACUCUCGGCGCCUCCUUGCGGCCUUUGCCACCUAACAGCGCUACGUCGGCUGGCGCAUUAUUGCCCCCACCUCGAAGACCUGGACGUGCGCUUUGACAGGCAGGGGAGCUUUGUACAGUGCAUCGUCUGUGAGUGCGAGUUCCGCCUUGAGCCCGAAGACAUGGUCGAACAACACACCGGCGCCCCUUUGUUUCGCAAUGGGCUGGCCAGGCUGACUUUCAGUGACGUGCCGGAGCUCGUCUCCCUGCGGUUCCUCGAGCGCUGCCAAAUGGUGACACUGCGACUGUCCAACUGCCCCGGUCCCUCGCACCCGGACUACGUGCGUUUAGGCCCGCUGCUCGCUAACAGCAGCACACUGAGCUGCCUCGUGCUUCGUCACGACGCUUUGCCGUUCGGCGACGCGUCUCUGGUGGCUAACUUGUCCAGCAUCCCGAGCCUGCAGUACCUGCACCUUUUAUCGGCGACGUCCGUUUCUGGAAACGAGGCCUCGAUGUCCGUGUGUGCGCUCAGGGCCAGCCUUCCGCGCCUGCUAUGCCUGCAUAUCCACUACCGGGACGCAAGCGACGGCACCGAGCAGCGUGUCACGUGGAUACGGGAAUGGUUCGUUGGAGGCAGCAGCGGCACGAUCCAAGACAGUCCCUGCUUCCUGUAUUGCUCGACAGCUACGUUCAUAGGGCUCGCCAAGCCGGUGAAUCGUCACUUCCAGCCGAUCCUGUAGCUGAAGGCUAUAUAGGAGAGGUAAUAAAACGGCCCUGA